UAAAAAACUGAAAGGAAUUGAAAACUGAGAAUUUAGAACUUAGAACAGUUUCUGUCGGAUUACAUAGAAUUUUUUCAAAACGAAUUUAUAUUAAAAUAGACAAAAUAAUGUCGCGGCCAGGUGAUCGACCAAAUCAAGCCCAAACCUAUAAAUUGGUAGUUGUCGGCGGUGGAGGUGUAGGAAAAAGUGCUAUUACAAUACAAUUUAUACAGAGCUAUUUUGUAACUGACUAUGAUCCUACUAUUGAGGACAGCUACACAAAGCAAUGUGUUAUUGAUGAUAUUCCUGCAAAACUAGAUAUCCUUGACACUGCUGGGCAAGAAGAAUUUAGUGCAAUGCGAGAACAAUAUAUGAGGUCAGGUGAAGGCUUCCUACUGGUUUUCUCAGUGGCUGACCAUGCCAGUUUUGAUGAACUUUUUAAGUUCCAUAAGCAAAUUUUACGUGUAAAAGAUCGGGAUGAAUUUCCAAUGCUGAUGGUUGGAAACAAGGCUGAUUUAGAAAGCCAGAGAGUGGUUACAUUAGAUGAAGCACAAUCUCUAUCCCGUCAACUCAAGAUACCAUACAUUGAGUGCAGUGCCAAGGCUCGUAUGAAUGUAGACCAGGCCUUCCAUGAGCUUGUGAGACUUGUUCGGAGAUUCCAGGAAGCAGAGAGAAUUCACAUUAAGUCAGAGCAUAGGAACAAGAAGAAGAAAUGCACUAUCUUGUAAUAAACUCAAAAUUGGGUGAGAAUUGCAGCUAUGAAACAGUAAAUAUCAAAGUUAAAUGUCUGCAAAGAUUUUGUUUUACAUUUGCUGCUUUGCUUGAUUUUUGCUAUUCUUAUUUUAUUCAAAACUAAACAUUUGUUGUUCAAUUGACUUUGAAACUUGAUUUAUUAAUAAAAAUCUAGGCUAUCUUCUAAUUUAUUAAUUUAUGUAACGAUCCAACUAGAAAACAAUUAGUUCUAAUUCUGUGUUUUACAAAUCACAUAAUUUUUGUGUUAUUUCGUUGAUACAAACAUAUUUUUUGUUAUUUGUUGUCAUUAAGUAUAAGUUAUAUACCUCUUCACUUGCAAGUCUCUGUUAUUAGUUUUAUGUAAGUUAAUUCAUAAAGGUAUUUAAAUAUUAAUUUUUCUGCUGUAUUGAAAAACCAAUGCCAAUUUCAUAAGUUGACCUAUUAAUUACUUAAUAAUUGGUCUGACAUUUCCUAACAAAAGACACUAAUGACUUUAAAAAUAUGUAGUUUAUGUUCCACUUAAUAUUGUAUUGGGAUCGGAUUCGCUAUGGAAGUUACAUAGUGAGUGUGCUGGAAUAAUAAUACCCUUUAAAAAUUCUUGAAAAAUGUUAAGUCAAGCAAAAAAAUUUACACACUGCAACGCACAUUUUUGCUGGUUAAGUCAAAACGCACAAAUACCUGUAGAAAAUAUCAUUCUGAGUCACAUUUGAGUAUUAAAAUUUAACUUUUAGGCAACAUGUCUCACCCCAAAUUCUAUGUUCUCAAUUUCUUUCUUUAAUAUCAGUGCUAAAUGUAAAAUGUCGAUCACAUGGAUAUUGUAUUUUAAUGUAACAUGGUUUUUAUUACUGUCUCGAAACCAAAAACUAAUUUUUAUACAUAAAUAUAAGUUGGCUCUUAAUAGACAUCUAAAAAAUUAAUUUUGUUAUAUGUAUUUAAAAAAAAACUUGGAGGCGACAUUUUUAGAACAACAUAUUCCGUUCAGAUGUCUAUUAUGGGCUUUAGUUGUUUUCACAUUCUCGUCAAACGAGCGUUUUCUCGAUUUGAAAUUUUUUACAAUUUCAUUGUUAUGAUAGUUUUUACACCAAAGUUAUACAUUUUGUACAAUGUUAACACGAGAAUGUAAAUACGACGUUAGUAUAAGUUUUGUAUUUAUUAACUAUUGUAUAUUAAACAAUUAUGUUUUCAAUGUUUUACGUGCCAAAUAAACAGAAAAAAAAUUGAAGGUUUAUAUUCAGCAUUAAAACAUUGGAAAUAAAGUAAACUAAACAUAAUUAACAAUAUUAACAUCUAGUGUAUUAGUGUUUUAUAUAGGAAAUCAUAUAUUUUUAUAUUAUUAUUUGUUUUUAGGUUUUUUUGCUAAGCGUCAAUUUACGUACAUAGAUUUUGAUAAACGUUUACAAUAUUUAGUAUGAACGCUAUAUUUGGCGAUUUUAACGUUACAAAUGUACGCACAUUAUUUGCUAGCUUUGAUCUUAGUAUUCUUUUCCGUUCCAGUACCUGUUUAUCUUGUAAAAGAUGUGGGUUGUUAGAUCUAAAAGCUGAUGUAAUUAGUUCAAUAAUAUUCUACAGCUUCAGGUAUCAAACGCCGCUACCGAAUUCUUAAUACGAUAUAAUGAAACUAUUUCAUGUUUUAUCUUAUUGAUGAAAAGUAUUUUUUCAAAUCAAUUUUGUGCUUUGUAAUUUAUUUGCUUUACGCACUUGAAAGCUUAGUCUUACUUGUUCAAAAUAUACAUAUUUUAUAUAUUGUAACUAAUUACAUUUGUUUUCAUAUUCAAAUGCUGUUCUUUUAUAUAAUGUUGUAAAAUAUGAUUAAUCAUUCUAGGUCAUUUUGAUACUUCAUACCAUAGACAAAGCAAAAAUGAACACAUUUUGAACAGCAAAAAAGAAUGAUUAUAACAUGCCUAAUAUUUUUUUUUACUCAAAGGCUGCUAAAACAUUGUCUAUAUUAUACCAUAUUCCAUUAGUGUAAAAAUGACAAUUUACAGUGGAUUUCAUGAAAAUGCUGUGAUAUUUUAAUAUCAACAGUCAUUUUUUAUAAAAAAAUUAAAAGAGCUUUAACUAAGGCGAGAAAGUCUUACUGUUGUUAAGGGCAUAUUAUAUUAUGUAAUUGUAGUAAUAAAGUAACAUGAAAAGAUAA